AUGUCUACCGAGAACAACUCCACCCUCAAGUCCUACAUCGACUCCGCCACUGGCGCUGUCCAGAACGCCGUUGGUAACAUCAUGGGCAACCGCGGUGAUCAGGCCGAAGGUGAACUCAAGAAGGAGAAGGCCCACGCCGAGCACGCCGCCUCGCACGACACCGCCAAGCUGCCCGGCUUCACCGCCACCACCGACGGCGCCGUCGCCGCCGACCACCCCGACCGCGCCUCCGGCUCGUGGAAGCAGACCGCCGGAGCAGCCAAGGAGUUCGUCGGUGGCACCAUCGGCUCCGAGGAGCUCAAGCAGGCCGGCCGUCAACAGAACCGCGAAGGCCAGGAGCAGGAAGCUCGCGGCCAGGUUAAGGACCUCGGCGAGGGCGCCAAGGAUCGGUUUACCGGUCAGCUCGGCAACGCUGCGGCUGCCCUUGUUGGCGAUCGCGAGAAGGAAGCUGAGUAUCAGGCUCAGCAUGAUGUUGGCAAGGCCCAGCAGAGGGGCGCAGAGCAUGAUAUUAGCAAGGAGGCUGAGGCGCAGAAGAGGACUUCUGAUCUCUAA